AUCUGUUAUUAUGUUAUAUGUUGAACAUAAAACAUAUUAAUUUUCUCACAAUACACAGCAAAAUAAAUAUUAUUUAAUUCUAAAACAUUGUUCAUUAUCAUCGUGUAAUUAUUAAAAGCCUCAGCAUAUUGCAGCAUUAAUAUAUUAUAAUUCAAUUUAUUCUAUCGGGAUCAUGAAAAGUUUAUUACUUACCACGAUUGUUCUUUUUGCCUUUUAUCAGGCAGUAAAUGGUAUAGUAUGUCUCCCUAACUAUUGCGACAGUGUAAAAUGUGCAGAAAAUGUCGUUUGCAAAGAUUCUCAAUAUCUGCAAGAAGAUGGAAGUUAUUGUGGAUGUUGCGAUGUUUGCUAUUCAAAAUUAUAUGAGGGCGAUAUUUGCAUCGGAGAAUUGCUUAUUGGAGGAUAUCCAUUCAGAGCAAGAUGUGUAGAAGGAUUAAAAUGUAGCCGCGAUACAGCAAAAUGUGUCAAAGCCUAUUAAUAUUGAUAAACAAGAAUUUUUGUGUAGAUGAAUAAAUAACAAAAAUGAUUUUUUUAAUA